AUGGCGGGCGAGCCACGACUCCAGAGCCCGACGACGCCCCAAGCCGUUACAGACAGACAGCGCAUGAUUGAAAAUAUGUCUGUAUACGAUAUCCUUGGAUCGAUGAAGAAGGCUCCAGCUGGGCAAGGCAUAGAUGCCUUGGGCUACGAUGGUGUGCUCCGUAGGUUUGAUGGCGAGCGGAAUGUGGUUGACGCAGUCGGCCUGAACCCAGCCCAAAUCAGAGAGUAUUACGAUGAGCUCCCGUUGCCCCCGAGGUUUCUCACCGCCGACGGCCGCAACAUUUCUCAUUGGGAUAUGCUCCAUCCUGCGGCAGAGAAUGUUCCUAAGAAAAUUUCAGAGGAGGACAAAGCUAGAAUUUUAGCACAUAACGAGGAGUUGGCUAGGCGCGGCGUCUUGAGCUGCGUCUCGAGCAAGUAG